AUGGAGCUGGGUGCCAUCAGCAUAGCAGUGGAAUUGGAUGCCACAUUUUCUGAAGAUAUGGCCAAGAGGUUUGCAGGGAACAUGGAGCGCCAGCAGGCCGAUAACCUUUUAAAAUCCCACAGCAGUGGGACCUACCUUAUCAGAGAGAGGACAGCUGAGGCAGAGCGGUUUGCCAUCAGCAUCAAAUUCAAUGAUGAAGUAAAACACAUCAAAGUCAUUGAAAAAGACAGCUGGAUUCACAUCACUGAGGCCAAGAAGUUUGAGAGUCUUUUGGAGCUGGUGGAGUACUAUCAGGCCCAUUCACUGAAAGAAAGCUUCAAGUUGUUAGAUACCACAUUGCGAUACCCCUACAAGUCGAGAGAACGCUCGCUAACACGGGCCAGUACACGCUCACCAGCAGCCACCUGCGCCUCCUACAACUUCUCCUUCCUCAGUCCGCAGGGCCUCAACUUCUCCUCUCAGAGCUCAGCUCCCUUUUGGUCAGUGUUUACUCCUCGGGUGGUCAGUACAGCAGUGGCCAGGUAUAACUUUGCAGCACGAGACAUGAGAGAGCUGUCACUGCGAGAAGGAGACAUCGUUAAAAUCUACAGCAAGAUCGGCGGGGACCAGGGCUGGUGGAAAGGAGAAGCCAAUGGUCGAGACAAGGAGCAGGAUAAGAUUUUCUUGCGCAUGCGCAAUGCGAGAAAAAUAAGGAAGUUGACUCAGAUUUUCAUCAAUGGAAACAACGUAGAUGUGGCACCACACAGGAGCAGUCUGCGCAACGUUACAACUCUGACGGUGUUACUAAACCUCAAGUGA